CUCUUCUUCCACAUAAUUACUCUUUUUUGACGUCUCACCUUCUUCCACCUCCACUCGCCACAUUUUCUAUUUCUCUCUGCAGAUUCUUGAAUUGCAUCGCCAACAGUUUGAAUUUCGCAGAUUGAUCGGAGACGCAGAGGAAUAGACAUGGAGUCGAUUUCUCCGGUGACGAAUCAGCCGACGAGGAGCUCUGGUUAUGACCAAUCCCGUCGUAAGCGGAAGAAGAAACCGUCGCAACCACCGUCGUCGCUUUCUCCGUUUCAAUCGUCGUUGCAGAAAUGGAGAUCGGAGAAGCAACAACAGAUCUACUCGACAAACAUCGUUCAAGCUCUGAGGGAAAUCCGAAUUAGCGCGGAGACGGAUCCAUCUGCCAAACCGCCGCCGCAUCCUCGCGGCGGAGGUAGAGCCGUUCGCGACGCCGCUUAUAGAUCACUGGCGGUUACGGCGAGAGGAAGAACACUGUGGAGCCGAGCUAUAUUAUCUAAAGCCGUGAAAGUGAAGCUCAAGUUCAGGAAACAGAACCGGCCGAGAAAUUCGAAUCCUCCUACGAUAACCGGGAAUAACCGGUUAAGGAAAAAGAGAGCAACGGUUUUGAGGCUGAAGGCGAAGGGUUUGCCAGCUGUACAGAGGAAAGUGAAAUUUCUGAGCCGGUUAAUUCCCGGUUGCCGGAAACAACCGUUACCUGUGGUUCUAGAAGAAACCACCGAUUAUAUUGUUGCGAUGGAGAUGCAGAUUCGUGCUUUGAAUGCCAUUAUCUCCGCCGUUGGCUCCGGCUCCAGCUCAUCGUCGUCACCGCCACCACCGCCGGAGACAGGUCAUGACUCAUGAAGGCGAAGAGACGCACAUGCUUGGUUAGCUUGGCCCAGCUGUCUUUUUUUUUUUGUAAUUUUCCUGAUUUUUUUUCUUUUUAAAAAUACUUGUUUAUCUGACCAUGAUUUCUUUUUGCUAUUUUAUGAAUUAUGAAUUUAUGAUUCAACCCCUUCUUCCUUAAUUUAAAUGUAUAUCCAUCCUUUUUCGCGAAUCUUUGAAAGAAAAAAAGAACAAUGGAGUGAUUUUCUGGAGUGUAAGCUUUGAUUUGUGUUAUGUAAGAAUUAGUGUGAAAAUUGG